AUGCUUUCCGGCGUGACCGCCGCGGCACCUGCGGCGCCGAAGACCUGGGGAUCUGUGCGUCACGUUGUUGGCGGCGCCGUGGAGCUCAGGUCGCUCCUCGAGGAGGCCAAGGCGGCGGGUGCGUUGACCGUGGUUGACUGGUCGAUGACGACGUGCGGUCCGUGCCAGAGGAUCAAGCCAAUCUACGAACAGAUGGCGCGUACCCGUCCCACCGCGCUUUUCGUCGGAGUGGACACGCACGCGAGCCCUUUGAACGCCGCCCUCGCUCGAGAGGCAGCGGUGUCAGCGUUUCCAACUUUUCACUUCUACGUUGACAUGCAGCGAAAAGCCGACCUCGUGGGAGCAGACACCGCUCGACUGGCGAUGAUGGUGCAGCAACAC